GCCAGUCCUAAAAUAGUUGCCGCGCUGUGCAGUGUGAUAGUUGCUUACUGGAGUGUGGUGCCUUUGAAAACCCGGUAAAUAAUGCUCUCUUCGUCCGGUAUAGCAUGUCUCGUCGCCGCUACUGCUAUUCUAGUGACCAGCGCAAAGGCAUUAAAGUUCUACUGUACGCCGGACGAGGUUAAGUGUGUGAUAGAAGACUGGAACCCCGUGGUGGAUGGCUACAGUUUAUUCGAGCACAUCCCAAACGUCACCAGAUCGAUACACCUAAUCAAUCUGCAACAUGUUAUUUUUGGCUCCAAGCUUUGCCAUACUAUUGCACGCUUCGUCGAUGACCUCGUCGUUUAUGAUUCACCGAAAGUGCAGCUGGUUCGGAUACCAGGUACGUGCAAUGUCGUUCUCGUAACCAUGCAAAACACCGGAGCCUUGUUCUUCGAUUUCAAACCCAACGAUAGCAUAACGGGUGUGCUGGUGAAAAAUGCCCGUUUAUCAAUUAUUUCCAUUACCUUGGGUGAUUUACCGAGCUUGGAAUACAUCAUCCUAGAGGCGACCGAUAUACAGGCCAUGGAAGUGAGCUUAUUCUGUCCAUUUCGGUGUCUUAAGCUAGUGCGCGUAUCACACGGAAAGCUGAACACCAUCAGUGGUACCGGCACGAACGUGCACCAGUGUUCCUUGGAAAGCUUGAAGCUUCACCACAACUCUUUGACCGCCGUUAACUUGAAUCUGUUUGCACCCUUCACCUCACUGACACUGUUUGACCUGUCGCACAAUAAGAUCGAGGUGUUGAGCGGAAGGCUAACCAGUCCGUUUCUUACUAGCCUGUUGCUUAAUAACAAUCGGCUAAAGGUGUUGAAUCUGUGUCCUUGGAAUGUUGUUCGCCACUUAAACGUUUUCUCGAUAGCACAUAAUAAUAUUACACGAAUGCCUCCGUGUCUAGAUCGAUUCCCAAACGUUACUCACCUAAGCAUGCAGUUCAAUCAGAUCGACACCAUGGAGGUGGAACAGCUGGCGCGCUUACCCAAUCUUACCUCAAUUAAUUUAUCGUUUAAUAAUAUCGCUACGAUCCCGGUGGAUGAACACUUGUAUCCGCAGAACUUAAAACAGAUCGAUCUUGGCGGGAAUCUGAUUAAGAACGAUACCGUACCGGUUAGAUUGAUUGGCAACAUCGUCGUGGCAUUGUAGUGAAUAUUGCUAAUAAAGGUAUGAGCAACGGUAAUCAACAUAGUAUACAUUUAGGCGCAGAUCGUUUGUUCUUUUCUAAACGAUCUUUUUCUCUAUUUUUACACCUAAUGUGAUCGUUGUUUGUUGAGAGAAACAGGUUUUGGAAUAUUUUUAAACAGCAAAUGGCCGCCCUAUUCCAAUCACAUCCGAGUUCUUGAGCUUCCACAGUUUUAUAAUUUUAUUUGCAAGAUGUUUGCGGAGCUUGUAUGUUAAUUCAGUGAUACGCAAUAAAAAAUCCUUUAUUUACCACA